UGUCUUUCUCUCUCUCUCUCCUUGCCUUUUUCCCCUUCGAGGAGGCGACAGAGCCGGCCUUUGCUGCGUUGCGGCGCAUCUCCUGGAGGCGGGGAAGCCAGUCCCUCCCCUUUGCUUUGCUUUGCCUUGGCUCGCCUUGCCUUGCAUUGGAAGGAGCCUCUCUCUCUCUGUCUCUCUCUCCGAGGACCGCUUUCCAGGAAAGAUCAAGGUGGAGGAAAGCUGAAUCUAUAAGACAUGGAAGAUCUUUUUGAAGCUGAUUGACAGCUCCUAUACUGAACAAGAAGAGAAAGAUGAAGAAUCGCCUUCUAAAAUGUUCUGACAAAAUGUACAGUGUUGCAGUUAAUUUAUUCCACUGAAAUAAUUUCAGAACUUCAUUUUUCAAUGACUAUUUGAUUCUGUUAAAAAUAAUCAGAAUAAACAAUCAACAUAAUUUUAAAAGGACCACAUUUUCCACACUCCGUACACUGAAGAAGGAAUACAAAAGAUGCCAUCCAUCACAAGAACUUCAGGUGAGAAUGGCAGCGCUGCGGCUGAGGAGCAGCAGGAGGAGACCGAGAAGCAGCAGCAGCAGGAGCAGCAGCAGCCACUGACGCCUCUGGGGAAGGAGCCGCCCGAAGCCAUGGAGAGUAGCGGCGGAGGGGCGGCGGCGCCCUGCAGCCUGGGCUCGGCGCUGUGCUUCGGGGCAGAGCAAGCCUCGGCGCCCGCUGCUGCUCCUCUUUCCGAGGCCGCCUCUCCCUCGCCGCCGUCCCCCUCCUCGUGCAGCCUCAGCAGCAGCAGCAGCAGCGGCGUGGUCCAGAGCCAAUGGGAGGUGAACAACAACCACCACCACAACGCCGAGUCGGACGAGGAGAAGCAAGAGAGCGGCGGCGUGGGCGGCAGCGCUGGCGACCCUUGCUCGUGGCUGCCGGAGGAAGAGCCGGACGUGGUGCUGGAGGUGUGCGGGCGGCGAGUGCGGGCGCACAAGGCGGCCCUGGCCGACAAGAGCGACUACUUCCGCGCGCGCGCCUCGCGGGAGGUGCUGCGCCUCAAAGGGGUCAGCUACGCGGCCCUGCGCCUGCUGCUGGAGUAUGUGUACACGGGGCGCAUGCGCGCGGUCAGCCCGGACAACCUGGCCGAGGUGCUGAGCGCGGCCCGCGUGCUGCAGAUGCCCGGCGCCUUGCUCUGCGCCGCCGAGGCUGCUCGCGCCCAGCUCCGCCUCCACAACUGCCUCCAACUCUUGACUUUGGCCAAGAAGCAGAGGCUGGCCGAGCUGAGAGAGGCCGCCUACCGCUUUAUGGGCGACCACUACCUGCAGGUGCUAAGGGAGCCUGCUAUCUACGGGCGGCUCAGCGGUGCCGAGCGUGACCUCAUCCUCCGACGGCGCCUGGAGGCCGGGCGGCCUUGUCUGCUGGCGGCAGAGGUCAGCGACGCCUUUGAGCGACUAGGAAGCGGCAGCCGGCCUCAGAGCCGGGAGAGUAGCCGGCCCCAGAGCCCCUCCUCGGUGGUCUCCUUAGAAGAGGGUGGAUGCCUCCUCCACGCCUACCACGAGGCCGACCGAGAGUGGAGGGUGCUCACCCACUUGCCUGAGGAGGCCAACACCAAAGGCUGCGCCAUGUGUGUCCUCUACAACUAUCUCUUCCUGGCCGGUGGCAUCGCUGCCUCACCUGGGGACCAGUCGCGGGCCAAGCUGUCUGACAAGGUGUUCUGCUACAACCCGCUGACAGACACUUGGAGCCAGGUGAAGCCCAUGGGCCAGCCUCGCUCGCAACUCAAGCUCCUGGCCCUGGACGGCUACCUCUAUGCCGUGGGUGGGGAGUGCCUCUUCACGGUGGAGAGGUACGACCCUCGGGCCGACCGCUGGAGCCCUGUGGCCCCCUUGCCCAAAGGCGCCUUCGCUGUGGCCCACGAGGCCACCACCUGCAAUGGAGAGAUCUAUGUCUCGGGCGGCUCACUCUUCUACCGCUUGCUCAAGUACGACCCCAAGCGGGAUGAGUGGCGGGAGUGCCCUUACAACAGCAGCCGGCGCCGCUCAGCCGACAUGGUGGCCUACAAGAGCUUCAUCUACCGCUUUGAUGUCAGCGGGAGCCGCGGGGAGCCGGGGCAGGCGGGUGGGGUGGAUGUCUUCCGGUACAAUACGGUGGCCAAGCACUGGAGCCAGUGUGCUUCCUUGCGCCCCACCGGCAGCCCCGUCCAGCCCUUCCGCUGCGCUGCCUUGGGCAGCACCAUCUACUGUGUCAACCGGACGGGGAUGCUGCGUUUCAGCCUGUCCCAGAAUGGAGAGGUGGAAGUGGACGGUGGAUUCAAGGGCAGCUUUGAUGCAGAACUGCACAAGGCCCCAUCAGAUACCAAAGGGGUCCUCCUCCCUUUCGUGCUCAUCCUUCCGGAGAAGGAGAAAACGGGAGAGCCAGAGAGUCCUCUGACGUUGUGAGAGCUGGCUUGGCUUUGGGAUGGGUUGCCUGGCACAAAGGUCACAGCAGGAUCCAGUGUCAUUUAUUGAUGUCAGUGGUGCAGAGCUUCAGGGCAGGAGCACGUCCCUCCAAGAUUCAGUAGGAAUGAUGGUUGAGGUGCCACAGGUAGGAUAAGCAAUGGGUAUUAACCCCAGGUCGAAAGUCACCUCUCUGGCACCAGCUUUCUUUUAACAUUAGAAACAAAAUGGAAGGGCAUCGUGACACAUUUCCUUAAUUUAUGUAUGCAUGCACCACUUUGGACAUUUAUUCUGGGAUCCCACUUUCAAAGUGCUGACUAGAAGGCUGUAAGUCAGUGGUUCUCAUCUUGUGGGUCCCCAGAUGUUUUGGUCUUCAACUCCAAGAAAUCCUGACAGCUGGUAAACUGGCUGGGAUUUCUGGGAGUUGUAGGCCAAAACACCUGGGGACCCGCAGGUUGAAAAGAGCUUUUCUAGUCUGCUUCAUGUAAGAACAAGCCUUGUGUUUAUAUAAACCAGCCUGUGAAGAGCUGGUUGAUACAUGUUAAUGGUUGUAUAGUUUCUGUGCAACUUUUCAGUCCAGAAAUAUUCUGGAGGUUCAUAUGGGUCAGCUUUUGAACUGACUUUUAUGGAGUUUAAAAGUCGCAGUUAUAGGAAUGUCCAUACUGUACAUACACAUCUUUGAAAGACGGGAUCUUUUUGCCAUCCUCUUUCUUGUAUUCUAAUAGUAACUUGUGAAAAGGAGGGGGAAAAACCCUACAAGCAAUGAGUGUGGUUUAGUAUGCCUUUUUUAAAAAAGUAAUAGAACGAAUCAAUGCUUCUUGUGUUAGAAGCAGCGAACGAUCAUAUCGGUCAGAGUUAUUAUUAUUUUUCUUUUUGAAAGCUUAACAGAGUUUUAAGGGAAGACAUGGCGUUGUGCAGCCUCAGGAAGUUGUAACCACAGCUUACGAUUUAGCAGAAGCCAGGCUUAAAAGGUUUGAAACAAGUUACAUUUUCCCCAUAUGUGUCAUAUUGGGAAUAGAUGGAAACGAAAGCAAACAUAUUAAGGGAUCUGUUGAAUUCCACUUUGCUGCUUCUUUAAAAAAAAUCAAAAAGCUGUGUAUGUGUGUUUAAACACAAUUGAUCAUAAAUGUGUAAUGAUUUGAUCUUAAUAUAGUUGUGGUGGCUUCGAUCGUGACUCUGCAUUAUAACUCACAAGUUCAAAACUUGACAAAUUGACAAGAGUGAACAUAGCAGUGAGUUUUUCAGUGGGUUUAAAGUCACUGCUGUUAGCUGGACACGUCAAUGAAAACCAAAUGUGGCUUAUUGCACACAACUGGAAUACUUCACUUUCAUCUUCAGAAUCCUUCAACAAGAAGAAAAAUCACUCUCCUGCUGUUAUUCGCAUGAGGAAGCAAGUAGUAGUUUCAUAGGGAAAGUUAUUUCCAUUCUGCCAUGUUAACAUCCUAGUUGUAAACCAGUCGGAUUUCAUAGAAUCAUAGAGUUGGAAGAGAUGUCGUGGGCCAACCAGGCCAACCCCCUGCCAAGAAGCAGGAAAAUCACGUUCAAAGCACCCCUGACAGAUGUCUAUCCAGUCUCUGUUUAAAAGCCUCCAAAGAAGGAGCCUCCACCACACUCCAGGGCAGAGUGUGGUGGAGGCUGUCCACUGCUGAACAGCUCUCACAGUCAGGAAGUUCUUCCUAAUGCUCAGAUGGAAUCUCCUUUCUUGUAGUUUGAAGCCAUUGUUCUGCAUCCUAGACUCCAGGGCAACAGAAAACAAGCUUGCUCCCUCCUCCCUAUGACUUCCCCUCACAUAUUUUUACAUGGCGAUUGUGUCUCCCCUCAGCCUUCUUUUCUGCAGGCUAAAGAUUUUGGUCAAUAAUUUUAGUCAAUAAUUCACAUUUCAAAUUUAUUCUGUACAAAGCCCAUGUAUGUUCUGUUCCUUUUCUAAAUCUUUCACUGAAUAGUUGUUUCACAGCACAUUUUGAGAUAGAGAUGGCUAACCUUCAUACUUGUUGGCAGUUGGAGCACACUGUGGACCCUCAACAUUUGCAUUUUUGACUUUUGCAGAUUUUAUUUAAACGUUAUCUCUAGGAAUCUCUAUGACUUGCUUCCAGGGAAAAUUGACCUCCGAUUUUUUAAAAAAAGUUUCACUUUCCCAAGGGUCCUGUGCCCAUAAUGUCAGUGAAUGUGGAGGGGUCACUGUAUUUGUUUUUCAGAUUGAAAUUGAAAUGGAUAUUAAAAUUGGACAAACUCCAGCAAAAUCCAUCCAGCUAGCUGGCUCAAAGGCUUUUAGUAACUCAGAAGUGGAUGAAAUGCAACUUUUUCGCCCAUCAAGACUGUUCAUAUGGCAUCAAUAUGUCCAUAUUUGCCAAAAGAAAGAGUUCACAGUGAAGGCAGGCAACAUUUUAAAUUGGUUGGCAGUCUUUAAGGUGGCAGGUGGUCCCAAGGCAGGAAUGUUGGGCCUUUAGGCUGCACAGAUAAUUUUAUUUUACCCUUUGAAUAUCUGAUACCCACCAUGACCUUUCAGAAGCUGAUUUUGCCAUUUCAUUCUUGUUUCAAAAGCAGAAGUAAGUUGCUACUGGAGAAAAAACAGACCAAAAUGUCUCCUGCUUGAGCUCUGCUUCCAUAGAGUUUCAGGCAGUACAAUUAUGACACUUUCACUACCAUGGAAACAUCCUGUAGAAGGCUGGGAUUGGUAGGUUAGGGAAGAGUAUUUCUAAUUCUCAGUUGGUGUGCUUCUUUACUGCCCCACCAGACACAAAACCUCAGGAUCCCCUAGGACACAACCAUGGCAGUCACAGUGGAACCAUAAUGUUACAGUUACAAUCCGCCCUCCGUAUCCACAGAUUGUGCAUCUAUAGAUUUGACCAUCCAUUGCUUAAAAAUAUUUUUUUUAAUCCAAAAAGCAAACCUUGAUUCUGGCAUUUUAUAUGAGAGAUGCCAUUUUAUCACACUAUAUAACAGUACUUGUGUGUCCGUGCAUUUUGGUAUCCAUGAGGGGUCCUGGACCCAUACCAAGGGCCCAAUGUUUGCAAAGUGAGAGAGACCUUAGAGCAGACAACUUAGUGCUAAUUUGGAAAGAAUUCACACAAAAGUUAACGACAUUUAAUCUUAAUGUGUAAGCCACACCUUUUUCUUCAGAGAUCUCCCAUUUCCUUUUCCUCAACAAUCUUAAGAGUUCAGUUUAGGCCAGUGGUUCCCAACCUUUGAUCUUCCAGGUUUUUGGGACUUCAAGACCCAGAAAUCCUAGCCAGCUUAACUGCUGUUAGAAAUAGUGGGAGCUGAAGUCCAAAACACCUGGAGGACCAAAGGAUGGGAACGACUGAUUUAGGCUGAGAAACAAUGCUUGACCUGAGAUCACUCUGUCUUGUUUAAUAUUUAAUUCCAGGUUUGACUCAAUCCCACGCUACAGCCGUAGUGCUACAUUGGCUUUGAAAUGUAUGUUCAGCUGCCUUUUUAAAGUUAUAGCUUUGAAACCAGUAUUCCAAGGACAUGUUUACUGUACACAGAAGAUUCAUCUAUCAGACUGACUAUUUUUUAUAAUCAUUUUCCGGAUAUAUUCUUAAAUAUCAACUACUACAGGUGUAGUAUUGUUGGGGCCUUAUUUUCUCACCUCUUAUGUGCUGUGAAUAUUCAGUGACUUCGGUGCAUACGUUGGGACAUCAGAAAGAUGGGAGGCCUGUAUACAUUUUCUGUAUCUGACCCAGAUACAGAAAAAUUACUGUUCUGGACUACAUUUCCGCCCCUAUCCCCAGCAAAGUAUGACCACUAGUUCCCAAAGUAACCAUUCCAAACUUUAAUCCAUACUAUAUAUCUCAGGGCCCUUGCGCACAGACAUGUAACCCAGAACAGUGGUUCUCAACCUGGGGUCUCCAGAUGUUUUUGGCCUACAACUCCCAGAAAUCCCAGCCAGUUUACCAGCUGUUAGGAUUUAUGGGAGUUGAAGGCCAAAAACAUCUGGGGACCCCCCAGGUUGAGAACCACUGACCCAGUAUAUCAAGGCAAAUAAUCCACAAUAUCUGCUUUGAAUUGGAUUAUCCGAGUCCACAUUGCAAUAUAAUCCAGUUCAAUGUAGAUUUUAUAGAGCUGUGUGGAAGAAGCUUCAGUGAUCAAUGCAACUUCUGCUCACAGAUAACUUGUAUAAAAACAAGAUAAGAAAGGAGAUAAAUACGAAAUUUUUGUAUGGCCAUUCAAUUCCGCCACAUGUUUGUUCUCAAGGCAAAAGCAGACACGGGAAUCUAGUAAACAUUAUUUAAAUCUGGAGGGCUAAACAGUAUGGUACCCAUAUUUUCACCAUUGUUAAUUCAAAUAUAGGCUUGAUCUUGGUGUCAGAUGGAGUUGAUUGAAAUAUAUAAUAACUUUAGAGAUGCCUCAGAUAACAAAUUUAAUCUGACCUCAGACCUUAAAAUGUACUAUUUUUAUCCAAAGAAAGGCGAGAAAUCUCACUUUCAUAGGAUGAAAAUCACAGUUUCUGCUUUGAACCAUCACCCAAAAAUAAAAAAAAAUUGACCUAACAAUGAGAUAUUAAGAAAUACCUGUUGGUUUAGAAAUUUUUAGUAACUGAAAGAAUGAUUGGCAUGCAAAUGAGAAACUUAAAAAUGUCACUAUUUUUAAACUGGAUACAUUUUAGGAAUUGAUUGUGGAUAUUUCUGCUCCAUCUAUUGAGUUUAGGAACAGGCCAUAACAGUUGAACAGGAAACAUAUGUCUGUUUGCUUAUCAAAUUUUAUCUGAGAGUCAGUCUCUCUGAUUUGGGGCUGGGGGUUACUCCUAAAUAAGAGCAGUUUAGGACUACACUAUAAGAAUUAUGUUGGAUUCAGACUCAAUCAUAUUUAGAUUAUAUACAGUGAAAUCAAUGCAUACCUUACGCAUGUGAGUCAUAAUAUGCUAGUGUGCUAUAGUGGUUCAAGCACUGAAUUAGUAUUCAGGAGAAUCAGAUGUGAGUCCUGUGAGUACUCCUUGGGUAACUUAGGGCGGCUUAAGUAUCUCUGCUUGGCUUACAUUAUUAGAUGAUUAUGAAGGGAAUGCAGGAGGUAAGGAAGACAUGAACACCACCAUGUAAUUGCUGGAGAAGAUGUGGAAUAUAAAUGUAAUCAAUAAAUUGAAAAUCUUUUGUGGUUAAGUAUAAAAAGGAUUGACAUCCUUCGGCUUUUUAGCUCCAAGAUAAUUCCCUAUGCCUCGCUGCAUUCAGGAGAUCCUUUGCUGUCCUGUUCUUGGCAUGGAGCUGAGAAGAUCCACUCAUCUAUUAUGCAUUGAGGAAUGAAUUGACUCACCUCUGAAGGUUUUGUAGUGUAAUGCAUCAGAUUCCUGCCCUUUCCUCAGCAGAUCUUGGGGUAUCUGGAGGCAUCUAUUUCAGUUUAGAGUGCAUCAUCUCAUUAAUACAUUAUUUUCUGCCACGGCAAAGUGACACAAAAAAGUAUCAAAGUUAGAGAUUCCUAUAGACCAGACAUGGGCAAACUUCGGCCCUCCAGGUGUUUGGGACUUCCAACUCUCACAAUUCUUAACAGCCUACUGGCUGUUAGGAAUUGUGGGUGUUGAAGUCCAAACACCUGGAGGGCUGAAUUUUGCCCAUGCCUGCUAUAGACUAUGGAAUAAAUUUACAAAACAUUUGGCAAAGUCCCUCUGUUCUGCUCUGCUGUGUACAUCAGGGGAACAAAUGACUCGUAUGUGGUUUCCUGAGCAUUUCAACAUGCAGCCUGAUACAGCUGUUUUGUAACAGUUUAGUAAGGGACACGUUUGCUGUGAUGUGUCUGUCUUUUUGUGUCUAACUGGACCGUAUUUUUUUUAGUUGUAUGGCCGGCUCAGAAGUGGAAAGUCGCUGCAGUUUUAUUUUGUAGAAGGCUUCCUUUAGAAGUUUCUACAAAAGCUUGCAAACGGUGCCCCUGUUUUGUCAUGUAAUGUAUUUCCUGAAUGUCUUUGCUUUUCCGAAUAACUGCACAACAGCAUUGUUAAGGAAAUUGGACGAAAACCUUUACAAGCAUCAUUUCCCUGCUUCCUCUUUUUCAUGUUGUUCAGAAACAUAUGUAAAACUUUAAUCUUGCUGCACUGGUAAAACUACAUCUUUGAAUUCAAAGUAAAAUUGAACACAUGAGUGAGCAUUUCCAGAGCCAUAAUCUGUACUUAAUUACUGUCAAUUUAAUGUAGUUUUCUUUAUAAGACGUUUGUAUAAUCAUACCCAGAUGAAUGACUUUUCUGGAAUACAACUUCUAAACUGAUUUCCGGCUUGGUGCCCUUUUGUUUUCUCAUGUAGAGACUCUAAAAUCAGGCCAGUGGUAGCAGUGGGUUUUUUUAAAAAAAAAUAUCAAUACUGUUGGAUAAAUUAAUAUGCAGAAAGUUUUUCUUCCAAAUGGCAGCAGUAAAUGGAAUUGAUCAAUUACCCCAAAUACUUUUCUUGCUUGAACAAUGUUUUUGUACAAAUCCAGUUUGCUCUGUGAGGCCUUUCACAGGAAUCGCUGGGAAAGGAAUGACCCAAUAUUUGAAUUGCAAAUGAUCUCAAUAAAUAGAAUGGGGAUGAUGUUAAUCAUACCUGUUUGAUGAAUGCAGCGAUUGUGCAGUACCUAAUGAGUAUUUUAUGCACCGAGGGCUCCCAUGUAAAUAAACACCUGAUACAAUUUCAAAUGCUCGAAAAGAAUAAAUUAUUCCCAUGAA